GUCAUUCUCAGCCAACGAUACUGGGUCGUUGGUACCUAUCUAUAAAAGUUGUUCAGUCUCCUAGGACAUAAAACUAAAAAUCAACAUAAGCAAUGAAGCCAUCUCUUGCAUUUGCAUGCUUUCUUUUCUUCGUUACUCUUUUCCCAUUCACUAUCUUUUCUUUCUCGUCUGAGCAGCCUGCAGUACUUUGUCACAGCGAUGAGCGUCUUGCUUUGAUGCAGCUCAAGGAUAGCUUCAUCAUCGACAAGCAAGCAUUGGCUGCUGGUUUUUGUGCUUAUCCUAAGGUUGAUAGUUGGGAUUCUCAAAGCGUUGACUGCUGUUCAUGGGAUGGCAUAGAGUGUGACCAAAACACUGGUCUGGUGAUAGGCCUGGAUAUCAGCAGUAGUUGCCUUUAUGGCUCCAUCAAUUCCACCAGCAGUCUCUUCCACCUUGUUCACCUUCAAAAGCUUAACCUUGCUAAGAACCAUUUUAAUUACUCUGUGAUUCCAUAUGCGUUGGGCAAUCUUUCGAUGCUCACAGACCUUAACCUCUCCAGUUCUGUAUUUUCAGGUCAAAUACCGUCAGAAAUUUCAAAUCUGCAUAGGUUAUCUUCCCUCGAUCUCUCGUUCGUAGAUUUGGCGUCUCCGAUUCCAAGUGUGUUGGCCAACUUGUCCUCGCUGACGUCCCUUAAUCUCGAUUCUUGUGGACUGCAGGGCAUGUUUCCAUUAGCCAUUUUCCAGCUACCAAAGCUUGAAACUAUUUGGCUUGUACGCAAUUCCGAUCUCAAAGGUUACUUACCAGAGUUCAAUUUCAGCAUCAAACUUAAAAAGUUAGCAUUGUGGAAUACAAGGUUUUCUGGUGAGUUACCUGCUUCAAUUGGAAACCUUGAUUCUUUGGAAUACUUGGGACUCGGUAACUGCAACUUCACAGGGUCAGUGCCAUCUCCGUUGGGUAAUCUCCCCAAUCUCAAAUUUCUGAAUCUUGGAAACAAUUCUUUUACGGGGUUAGUGCCGCCAACGUUGGGUAAUCUCACCAAGCUCUGUAAGUUGUAUCUUCAAAGUAAUUAUUUCACGGGUGUUAUUCCUUCUGAGCUUACCAACUUGACCCAACUCACUUUUUUGAAUCUACAAGGGAACAUGCUACAAGGAUCAGUCCCAAGCUCAAUCUCGAGACUUGAGAAACUUAAUUUUUUUGACUGUGACGACAAUAGAUUGGGUGGCCUUCUGGAGAUGGAUGCAUUUCUAGAGCUAAAAGAUCUGCAGUAUUUGUUUCUGUCCUUGAAUGAUUUCAAUUUAGUUUCUCGAAAUGAUAGCAAUGCCACCCGUCCUCAGGCUCAGCUAGUUGAUAUAGGAUUACGGUACUGCCAUCUAAGAGAGUUCCCAUAUUUCUUGCGCCACCAACACCGAUUACAGCUUCUUGAUCUUUCUUCAAACAACAUUCAGGGCCAGAUACCGCAGUGGAUGUCCAAAGUGAGCGUUGAAACCCUGUUGUUUUUAGACCUUUCAAACAACUCCCUCACCGGUUUCGAUGAAUUCCCACUUGUUCUUCCAUGGUCUAAACUGAACUAUCUGAAACUUGAUUCCAACAUUCUCCGGGGUUCUCUCCCAGUUCCACCCUUGUCUACAGUUUUCUAUUCCAUCUCUAACAAUUAUCUCAAUGGAGAAAUCCCAGAGCUGUUGUGCAAUCUCAGCUCUCUUUCCAUUCUUGACUUUUCCUACAAUAACAUCAGUGGUGGGAUCCCAGUGUGUCUGAGCAACUUCAGCAAGUCUUUAUUAGUACUGAAGGUGCGGUCCAACCAGUUAGAUGGUCCCAUUCCAAGUGGUUGGGCAACUGGAAACAGAUUAAAAAUGAUAGAUUUGAGCAAAAACAAAUUGCAAGAGAAGAUUCCAAAAUCGCUGAUGGAGUGUAAAAUGUUGGAAUAUCUUGAUCUUGGAUACAAUCAGAUUAGAGAUGUAUUCCCUUCUUGGUUAGGGUCUCUUCCAGAAUUGAAUAUUCUUAUUUUAUCUUCUAAUGCAUUUUAUGGUAGGAUAGAGAAUCCUAAGUUGAAUCUCAUUGUCUUUCCCAAGUUGCGAAUCAUCGAUCUUUCUCACAACAGAUUCAAUGGAAGCUUGCCUUGGGUUUACUUUGAAAGAUGGAUUAGCAUGUCAAGUCUAGAUGGGAAGAACUCGCCAACUCCUAAAUACAUGCGAGAAAGUUUAGAUAUGAGGCUAAAUGUUAUACAAGUUCCCAGGGAUUAUGAUUACUCCAUGACAAUUACAAACAAAGGCAUGGAGAUAAAGUACCCAAAGAUCAUUCGAACUCUUGUAGCCAUUGAUUUCUCUGGCAACAGAUUUGAUGGAGAAAUUCCAGAAUCGAUUGGGAAGCUCAAAGAACUUCACUUGCUGAACUUUUCGAAUAACAAUCUCGUUGGAGGAAUCCCAGUAGCCAUAGCGGAGCUCAUUAAUCUUGAAUCUUUGGACCUUUCUCAGAACAAGCUAGAGGGCAGAAUUCCAAAGGAGUUGGGUACUCAACUCACUUUCCUAGCAUUCCUCAACGUCUCUUAUAAUCGUCUCACAGGGUUCAUACCGCGAGGCACACAAUUGGAGAGUUUUCAAAGUAACUCCUUUGAUGGAAAUCCAGGGUUGUGUGGAAAACCCUUGCUAAAGGAAUGUAGCAACAAUGCUAGAGGCCUGCCAUUUCCAUCUUCAACUUCUUCAAAACAGUUUGGAUUGGAUUGGAAAGUAGUGUUGUUAGGUUAUGGAUGUGGAUUUUUAUAUGGAGCGGUGAUUGGGCAUAUUGUGAUAAAAAGGAAACCCGAUUGGUUUGCCCAGACUUUCUCCAAAUGUCCUACAAGAAGGCGAAUGAGACGAAUUAUUUCAAUAUGCAUGCAUGCAUGUAUUAUAUAAAUAAUAAGUGAACUUCGCUUGUACGUUGGGAUGAAUAUUAUAUAAUAAUUUGUUUUCUCAUAUUAUUAACUUGGGAUAAUAUAUUUAAUUAUUUAUGUAUAAUUUAAAUUACAUUGUGUUUAUUAAAUUUUAUAAAAUUAUAUAAAA